CUUGAGCAGCUGAGAGAGAGCGGAAGCGGCUGUGCGGAAACAACGAUGCCGGCAGGCUGUUGCGGUUCAAUCUAGGAGUGGGAUCACGCUAUGAUUGUGAUGGGACGCUACAAUGAGUAGCUGAGGAAGCACUAUGUUCUAACAUUUUACCUGUUAACUAUGGACGAGACCGUGGCGCCUUCAGAAGGUCGGGCAGCGACCAAUGGUGAAGUGGAUGAAAGCCAUCUCUCAGACCAGCUGGAAUCUCUGGCAGUGUCAAAGGAGCCUGGCAGAUCGGAGGCCAGACCCCAUCAGACACCCAGCGAUGAUGGAGCCGAGAGCGACAGUAGGAAGGGGUCCACCCAGAGCAGGUCCAAGGAUAUGACGCAGAAUGGAGAGGAGGGCGGAGAGGGUCAGCGGCCCCCGCCGGAGACUGGCGGGGAAGCUCCCGCGAUCACUGACUCUGGGCCGCUGAUCUACCGCUGGGAGCCGGUGGAACCGGAGGGACCAGACACUGCGGGCACAGAGCAGCCGCCCCUCACCUUCCCUGCGGACCUCAUCGCCAAAGAUAUGGGCACCAAGCACUGGCGGCCGCAGGGAGUCACAAAGAAGAUGAUGGAGACCUACCAUAUCUACCAAAUCAAAAAGCCGCCGUCACACCACAAGAACGCCAAGUACGUGUGCCGUGUGUGUGAGCUGCACUGGGACACACUGCAGGCCGUCCAGAAACACGUCAGCGAGCAGCGGCACGCAGAGAGCACCCGGCGGCACCAGGAGCUGACGGCGGUGCACUCGCUGCCGGAGCCGACGGCCGCGCAGACUGAGUGUCUGACGGCGCUGCUCACUGAGGUGUACCGGGAGCACGGCCUGACCGAGGGCCGGCUGGCGGAGCGGCGUGCGGUGGCCGACCAGCUGAAGGACACGCUGCGCCGCGGACUCGGCGAGGAUGGAGACUGCGCGCUGGAGGUAUACGGCUCGUGCCGGCACGGCUGCGGGUUCACUGACUCGGUGCUGGACCUGGCUCUGCUGCCCGCUGAGGAGAGCCGCGGCGCCGCGCAGCUCACACAGGCCAUUCAGACGCUGCAGGACAGCGAGCUAUUCACUGAUGUGGAGCACGACUUCACCAGCUGGACGCCGCACGUGCGCUGUGUGCACGCGUCCAGCGGCCAGCGGUGUCAGCUGGCGCUGGGCGCCGAGCGGGACGUGCUGCUGGCCCGGCUGGUGGAGCUGUACGUGGGAGUGGACGGCCGCGCGGCGCCGCUGGCAGUGGCGCUCCGACACCUGGCCCGGAUAUGUGAGAUGGACCGUCCGCACGCGGGCUCUCUGCCGCCGUCAGCGUUCGUGCUGAUGACCAUCUUCUUCCUGCAGCAGUGCGAGCCGCCCGUGCUGCCGGCGCUGCACCAGAUGGUCGGCGCCAACACAGACGACGACCAACUCGACUUUGAUGCGGCGGCGGCGGCCUGCGGCUCGUGGCGCAGUGACAACACAUCCGACCUGGGCACCCUGUGGCUGCGCAUGCUGCGCUUCUACGCGCUGGAGCUGUCCGACAGCGACGCCGUGGUCUCUAUCCGACAGCGAGAGCUCGUCACGCGAGCUGACAAGGGCUGGAACAGCAAGAAAAUCUCCAUAGAGGACCCCGUUCAGAGUAAGCGGAACAUCAGUCGCAGCAUCAGCAGCGCGGCGGUGGCCGAUGUGAUGCUGGACCGUCUGCGCGCCGCGUGCCUGCUGUUCGGGGUGCCGCGGACGGCCGCUGGCCCGGCCAUCCACCUGGUGGCCGGCCGGGGCCCGCCGCCGGCCGCCGCCGCCCGGCUGGCCGCUCUGCUGGAGGGUCUCAGCGCCGAGCAGAUGCAGUACCAGUUCAACCGACAGCUGCUCUGUGGAGAGGCGAGUAUGCCGGUGGUAUGCAGCAUCUGCCAGAAGGCCAACCACCUGCCUGACGACUGUCCCACUCUGGUAGUACCUCCGGCCAGACAGCUGCCGCCGCCGACCGCCAAACAAGUCCAGCUGCUCGACAGGCUCUGCUCCGACGUAUUCAGCGACUGGGCCCCGCCGGCGCACGAGUACCAGGUGCGGGAGAGCAUGCUGCGUACCAUCGAGGACUUUAUCCGCCACCAGGCGUUCCCGUCGGCGCGCCUCACUCUGUUCGGCUCGUCGUGUAACGGGUUCGGGUUCCGUAACUCGGACCUGGACAUCUGCCUGACGUUCGACGACUGCUCCGACCCGCAGUCUCUGGACCAGCCGGACAUCAUCCUGAAGCUGGCCGAGACGCUGAAGAGGCUGCGGUUCCUCUAUAACGUUAUCCCCAUCAGCACGGCUAAGGUGCCGAUCGUCAAGUUCACGGACCGCCGCUCCCGCCUGGAGGCGGACAUCAGUCUGUACAACACGCUGGCGCAGCAUAACACACUGCUGCUGCACACGUACGCCAAGCUGGACAGCCGGGCCAGGAUACUCGGCUACAUGGUGAAGCUAAUGGCCAAGAUCUGCGACAUCUGUGACGCCUCGCGCGGCAGCCUCUCCAGCUACGCGUACACGUUGCUACUCAUCUACUACCUGCAGCGCUGCAAGCCGGCCGUGCUGCCGGUGCUGCAGGAACUGGACGCGGCCAGCCGGCGGCCGCGGCUGGUCGACGGAGCCGACGUGUCCUUCUUCACCGAGCUGGGACGGCUGAGAGAACUCUGGCCGGACGCCGGCCGCAACACCUGCUCGGUCGGCGAGCUGUGGAUCGGCUUCCUGCGCUUCUACGGCGAGCACUUUGACUUUGAGCGGAACGUGGUAUGUAUCCGCCGGAUGGAGGUGCUCAGCAAGUUCGAGAAGCUCUGGAACGGCUCGUUUAUCGCCAUCGAGGACCCGUUCCUGCUGUCGCAUAACCUGGGAGGCGGCGUGAGACGGAAAAUGGCGUCGUUCAUCCGCCGUACGUUCCUGCUAUGGCGGCUGCACCACAUGCGUCCGAUCCCCAACUCCCUACCGCACGGAUACAGGGACUUCAGGGCGUUCCUGAUGUCGUCCGACUACCUAUCCGAGGGGCCGCCGCCGAACGCCGGCGGCUGCCACUCGUGCGGCCGCAUCGGCCACUGGGCGGCCGACUGUCCGCGCCGCCGGCCCCGCCGACCUCCGGCCGCAGGUAAACAGCCGCCGCCGGCGCCCGGCCCGCCCAACGGCCCGGCCCGCUCCCCGACCAAAGGACAGGGCCCGAACCGGUCACCGACCAAAGGGAACGGUCCGAACCACUCCCCGACCAAAGGGAACGGUCCGAACCACUCCCCGACCAAAGGGGACAACCCUGCCAGCUCCCCGACCAAAGGGGACAACCCUGCCAGCUCCCCGACCAAAGGGGACAACCCUGCCAGCUCCCCUACCAAAGGCGACGGUCCAGACUCCUCCCAAACCAAACCAGACGGACCGGCCCGACCCCAAACCAAACCAGACGGACCGGCCCGACCCCAGACCAAGCCAAACGGACCGGCCCGGCCCCAGCCAAAGUCCUCGGCCAGGAGAGGCCAGGGCGGCGCAGCGCCGGCCGUUGGUGUCAGCCCUGCUGCAGCGGCCGCAGCAGCAGCGGCGGCUGCAGCGGCGGCUUCAGCUGUGACCGCUGUCGCCGCUGCUGCGUCCACCGGGGACGCCGGUCCCGACAGCGCUGUGUCGCCGGCGGCUCUGGCGGCGGCCGAGGCAGUGGAGGUCGCCGCGGCCGCUCCCACCGCCAAGAAAAGACAGAGGCAUCGCACCCGCCGCCGGAAACCGGACAAGGCCGGCCCGGCGGCGGGCGCGCCGGAGCAUCCCGAGCCGCAGAGCACGCUCGUCUUUUACAACUCCAGACAGGGUGGCGGGGGUGCGCCGGCCGCGGACGCCGCCUCGGUGUGAGCGCGGCGGCUCCCUCCCUCCCAUCUGUCCCGGGUCGGCGCGGGACUGCCGGGCGCGCUGGGCGGCUGUGGUGGCGGCGGGGUCGGCCGGAGAGGCGCCGGCGAGUGGCGCAGAGGCAACAGACGACUUAAAGUAUCCGGCGGCGGCCGGAGCGGUUACUGGUGGCGGGUGAGGGCGGCCGCGCCAGCCGCCGAACCCCAGGACGGCAGGCCGCAACAUUAAUGGUGCUGUGUUGAAAUCGAUAGUGACGUCCCAGAAAAUGUGCAUCCCAUCAUUAUCAUCGGUGAAUCGACUGGGGACGAGGCGUUUAUCCGUUAUCGCUUUGUUAUUGCUUGACAGAUGUUUUAGAAAUUGAAUACAAACAUCGAUCCAUA